UCUUGUUGUAAUUCCGGCGCAUGCUUGAAGAAUCCGUGAGGCGCUUGUGCAAGCCAUUAAAAAUGAUGACGCGUUUCAAGAUGGCGAUACACAGGGUGUUGCGUUGUUUGUGUGUGUGAAAAAACAUUAUUUAUUAUUUUAUGAAUUUUAACCUUAAUUAUUCUUUGUGGUGGUGUUUUUUCGGCGUUUUGUGAAGGAAGUUUUCCAAUGGCAGAGACAGACGAAAAAGAAUUUCCAAUGGCAUUUUUCACACCUAUCGUUACAAUAAAUGAAACUCCCCCUCCAGAACCGUCUAAAACGCCGAAAGUGAAAAAGAUAAAGAUAAAAAUUGAAGGUAGCCAAGAAGGCGUCAUUUCAGGCGAAAUAAUAAAACCUAAACGUGGCAGACCUAAGAAGAUUGUCGUCGAUGACGAAAAAGAUCCAUCGUGGAUAGAAGAAAAACCUAAAAGAAAAAAUAAAUCACCUCAAUCGGAUUUCGUUAGGAAGAAAUCAACCAGAAGAAGAAAAACUGAUAUGAAGGAACCAGUGCGAGAUGCCGUAGCCGAAACAGUUGAAAUAAAAAAAGAACCUAAAGAUGACAGCUCCGAAAACGAAGUAGUAGAUAUUAAAAAAGAAGUUAAAGAAGAGCCCUCUGACUCUGUAGAACUGCCUGUGAUAGUACCGCUUUCCGAAGAGGAAUUCAAUGCUCUCAUGCCUAUGGAAGAAGAGAAAAAAUUCAAAUGUCCUUUAUGUUACAAAGAAAAACAGGACGCCACCGAAAGAUUUCCCAAAGAACUUAAACAGCAUUACAAAGAACGUCAUCCUGGUAAGAGACUUCGUCAAAGUAGAUUUUCCAACGAAGUGCAUCCGUGUGAUAUAUGCGGUAAGGAAUUCCGCACCCAUAGCGCCGUUAAAGACCACAUCGAAACCCACAACAAUUACUUCUACUGCGAAAUAUGCAACGCUUCCCAGAAGAAAAUUUUAGAUCACAUAAUCCAUUUAAGGAUUCAUUCCGAAGAAGAAAUGUUCAAUUGUCUAAUGUGCGACUAUCGCACGCCGGAAAUCAAUCAAAUAACAGAACAUAUUAACAACCACGAUGAUACUCUCAAGUACUGGUGCGACGCUUGCAAGAAAGGCUUCCAGAUUCUUCCUUGGUUCCAAGAACACGAUAACUAUCACACCGGUUUGAAACCAUUCGAUUGUGAAUUUUGCGGAAAAUGUUUCCUGUAUUCAAGGUACUUACACGCUCACAAGAUCAAUCUUCACAAAGACGAUAUGAACUGUCCUAGUUUGCACGAAUGCGUCAUCUGCAAAAAACAAUACCAACACAAGAACAGUCUCAAGUUACACAUGAAUUCCCACACCGGUAAUUUUUCAAUAUGCGAUAUUUGCGGCAAAAUGCUUUCCAGCAAAGAGAAACUCAAAUUCCAUAUUCGUAUCCAUACUGGUUACAAGCCAUACAGUUGUUCGUAUUGUGAUAAAUCGUUUACGAAAAAACCGAUACUCGUCGAGCAUACUCGCAUUCAUACCGGCGAACGACCGUAUAUUUGCGAUUAUUGCACCAAAGCGUUUUCGCAAAGAUCUAGUUUAGUAAUACAUAUGCGCGGACAUACUGGCGAACGGCCAUACGCUUGCCAAUUUUGUACUAAGGCUUUUGUUGCCAAGGCUAUGUUAAACAUACAUUUGAAGUCGUGUAAAGGUUUGAUAGUUAGGCAUGAUGAUUAUUAGAUCAUUUUAUAGCUGAGCAGAACUUUUUCUCUUUUUAUAUAUGUGUUAGCAGUAUUUUGUGAUUGUUUCAACUUGUAAAUAAUAAACAUUCCCGUUUAGUUAAAUAUUAGUUGUGGUGAAAAGGAAAAAGAAAAUAAUAUCUUAGUAUCUCGAAGAAUCGAAAUAGCUGUCGGUAUGAGGUGAGUUUUUGAUUAAAAUUUCUUAACGAAAAUAAUGUAUUUGGUGUAAAAAUAUGAUGAAAUGUUUCGGUUCAUCGGUAUUUGAUAUAAAUAGCCAUUCAUUCCGAAAGCGCAUUCAACAUUUAUUCGUAUAAAAAUAAAAAUUAAUAGGAAAAUUAAAACUGAAUGGGAAAAGUCCCUAUAUGUCUCAUUUCUGCCAAAAUAUUGAUUUAAGAUGAUAUUUCCAAAUAUUUUUUAAUCCCCUAACCGAAAGUAUCCCGGUCUUCCCGGUAAAUUUUGACGACUUAUAACCUAGGAGUGUUUUGGUUAUACAAAACCGUGCGUUUACGAAGUCUGGCUAUUAAAUAACGAGAAUGGUUACGAAAAACGGUUUUAUUAUAAAAAAUAUUCCACAUUCAAAUGCUUUCCUUCAAUAUACUCCCCUCCCCUCACCACCAACCUUUCCAUACGUUUUUUCCAUUAAUCGAAGCAGUGCUGGAAGUCUUUGGCCAUUUUUUGCCUUACCGCUUCCAUUGACUCAACUCUGGUCUCUUUUAAAACAGAUCUUUUUCUAACCUUUCAAGGAAAUCUGAGCAGACCCGCUGAUGCAAAAGCUUUUUGUCAUAUGCAAUUCCUCAUCUUAAAUUUUUCUAACCGUUUCAUUAUCGGCGUUUACAGCAUGGGUAAUCAUUCGGAUGCUCAUUCGACGAUCUGCACGCACAGUUUGGUAGAUUUUGGUCACUGUUUCCGGAGUUGAAACAGUCACAGGGCGACCUGGGCGCUGGUCAUCUUCAGUGCUCUCUAGGCCUUCACGAAAGCGCUUACACCACUUAAAACACGCGCACGAGAUAGAGAAUUGUCCCCAUAGGCCUCUAGCAAUAAUUUAUAGUACUCAGUCGGAGUUUUUUUCAAUUUAACGAGAAAUUUGAUAUUGAUACGUUGCUCCUGUUUUUCGUCACACAUGGUUUUCGCCCGUCUAGGGCGCCCUCUAGGCGCGCAGUCUCCUUAUUUAAUAGCCAGACCUCGUACAUCCAAAAAGUUCAACUUCCUAGUUUUGAACUUAUGCAGCUUUCAUCUGAACGUAAGUUUUAUCAAAAAAAUUUGUCUGGCUCAAAUGGUUGGUCUUACAUUAUGUACGGCGAUUUAUUGAAAAACUUUUUACCAAAUAUAGGCAUAAUGGACUUAUUUUUUAUUUAUUUAAUUUCAAGUCACAGCUUACAAAUAUUAUGAAGCUGGAUUUGUGCAAGAUGUGUUUGCUAAGAAAAUGAAAAACGACUUACCCGUUUCAAAGGGACUUGCACAAAUUCUCGCAUUAUUUAAAAAGUGAUCGCUUAAAAUUUCAUCCUCUUCAACGCCCGUAUCCAACAUUCACGUCGUUCUUUGGCUAAUGUCAUAAUUUGUUCUCCUUUUUGUAAACUUUUGGGAAUCUUAAAAAAACGAACUUGGUCUCUGCUAGUAACCCACGAUUGCACAAAACCCCGGUAUUUUCACAUAAAUCCACUUCAUAUGAAAUAAUAUAUUUCUUACCAAAAGUUUUGUAAUCUCAAGGUUACUUUUCAACAUAAAUCUCCAAAAAGACAUGGACAAGUUUUCCAGUGUCCACUUCCAAUAAAGUUGCCGCCAAUUCAUUCAAAUGUGGAUUGACGUUGUCUUUAGUCUUUAUUUGUUUGGAAGCGAUGUCCCUUCUAGUCAAGUUUUUAGUUCUGGAAAAAGGUGCUACGUCAAAAGGAGUUGUUAUUUUUCAUCAGCAGUGUAUGGACGAGCGUUGUUAUAGAUUAGCUCUCUUUCAGAGAUCAUCAUUCCGGAACAGUCGUUUCACAAUGAACAACUUCAAUUCACUUGGUGGGGGAAACAAUAACGGCAGCCAUGUUUACUUGGCGGUAGCACAACGCAGAUUAACACUUGUUGGCAAUAGCACACUGUGUAGUAUGAGAGAUGCUUGUCGCUUUCUGCUAUUCAGAGCGAUCGUAGGUUGAAAAAAAAACGACAUGCGUAUAUCUGGGAAUGAAUUAAUAAAGGAUGUUUUAAUAAAUCCAACGCCAUCUAUAGAUCGAAAAGCGCAAAAACUGAUUUGAAAGUCUACUUCUCAAUGUUUGCACUGGUUGCAGUAACCAACUAUUUCUAUUUAUAUUAUUGUUUUGCAUUAAUUGCUUAAAACAAUUAUUUUUAUUGUAUGUUCCUUAUUUAUUGUUCCUGUUAUUUAUAAUUUUAAUGGCCGCACAUAUGCAACACUAAAUCAUUUUCUUUGUACUAUCAUAUAUAAUAUAAUCACCUUUGUGUCUUGGGCAUUCAACAUCUGGUGCGGUACUCCUGUUUGCAAGUGUUAUGUCGUACCCAUAUCAGUGGCCCAAUGAUCAUCCUUAGCUGAUUUCUUUCGGGUUGUACAAGACUGUCUCUCAUUACCUUGGAUUACCCUCUGCAGAGUGUUUGGGUGUAUCGCAUGUCAGUGGUUAUCAGUUGUCUAGUCAGAAAGCUGUCUUCAGCUCUUCUCUAAUGAAAUCUUCAGGUAUGAAAAUUACCCUUCUAUUUCCCUGAUCUCCAAGCAUUCAAUACGUUUCUGUACCAUCUCCAGUUGAUAACCACUGCUUUGAAACACUCGAAAGCUUGUCGGCUGUUCGCAUCAGAUAUAAUUGUGCUUGUCCCCUGCUUGAAAGAUUGUGGAUUAUAGUAUCCACCGUUGCUUCUGCCCCCAGUUGUUAUAUUAUCAAACACGAUGCGUUUCGAUUCUUACAACUACUUAUCUAUGACUAGAUGUUUCACGCUCUAAACACUACCACUUUGUGGGUCAAAUAUUUGAUUCGUGUAUGUUGCAUUGAAUAAUUGUCAAGAAAUUUUACCACGUAGGAUCUUUGAUUUGAUCACUUCUUUAAUUUAAGAUAAAACUGGAAAGUACUGGACAAAUAAUUUCAAGCUCUCCAACUUCUCGCAAUGUAAUACAUCAACUAUCCACAGUUGCGUUCACACGUUUAUAUGAAAAUGAAAAUUUAAUUAUAAUUUAAAUGUGUGAUGAGGAACCCAUGACUGAAAGCAUCAUUGCAACAUGCUAUACUAAAAUUUAGUUGGUAAUAUGUGAUUGAGGAGUAGCUCGUAGCUCACACAUGUUCUAUGAGAUUGAUCUGUGCUGGCUUUAGCAUAACAUCAAUUGAAUCAAUUGCGAGUCCAGAAGUAUCUGGAAGAUCAUCAACGUUAGCACCUACAGCUGUUGCUUAUGGAAUGACGAUUGUUUGAACCAUAGUUGUACUGCCUCGGCAAGAAUGUAUUUUCUAGAUAAAGAGGAACUCUUAAAGCGCUUUUGGCACGUAGGUUGCGUUAAUACACUCUUCCACUUGUGAACCUCUUGAAGUGUAAUUUGAUGUUAUAUUUUGAUGAGUACCUUCUAAAUUUAAUUGCAUAAAACGGUUUUUAUCUCGGGGUAUGAUUCAUAUGUCUUUUCGUGAUGUAAACGUGAAAUAACACGAGUCAUAUGCCUUCUUGUCACUAUGUAUACAUUGGAUGUUUUUAAAAUCUUUUAACAAGAAUAUCUAUUUUGACGUGAUUUAGUGUUGUUAAAUGCCAUCUCGAAGUAUUUAUUACUUAUUAUUUAUUAUCAAGUAUCGAAGCUGAGGAAAUAAAUUUUUAAUAACGUAGAUAAGUAGAAAAGAAACGCAUUUUCUAUUCUGCUUUGAUAUUUGUAAAUCUCAGUACCUAAGAGUGUAAUAUACUUAAACAAAAUAUUUAUUGAUGUUGUAAAUCUAAUUGUAUUAGAAAAUGUGUAAUUCAAUGUGCGAAAAUUAUUCGUGUGGACGUAGAUACUUAUUUAUUUACCAAAUAUUGAUUUCUAUAAUUUGUAUAUAUAAUGAUAGCUGGUUAGGUAAAUGUUUACGUGUUAAAAAAAUUGAAUUGCAAUCUCUUCUUACCAAAGGAAUUUGCUUAUACAGCUAUUACUUUUAGAAACAUAUUUUACACAUUAAACAUUCCAAUUAUGCUAUUCCGUUUCCAUUGUGACGUGUAUCUUUCACAUCUCGAGUUUACAGUACAUCUGUUGCCGAAGAAAUUUCAGCUGUUGCUGACCAUAUAUAAUAUGGUAUUUUCAAAAAAAUAAUUAGAUUUUUAUCAGCUCUAAUUUCCGAGUUUCAGAGUUGCAGCUAUGUAGGUAUAAAACAGAAAAAACUUGAUUAUAGAGUUCUGAAAUAUUUGACGUAUCAGAGACCCAGAAACUCUGGUAGCGCUUUUCCAUGAGGCUUUAUUCAUACCUCAUAAAUUCUCCUCAUAGAGGAAGUGGAGCUUCAUGCUCAUAUGACAACCUAUAUUUUUUAAUUGUAGCGGAAAUUUUGCAGAAACGAAAGCUGUUCAAUUAUAGAUUUUCUAAAUUGAGUAUCUUUCGUAAGUUAUUUAAUUUGGAGACCAUCAAAAAUACUGGAUUCAAUCUUUUCCAGGAUUUCCAGGAAAUUUUUGGCAAAUAUAAGAAAAACAGUUUUAUGAUGCCUGGUUUUAUAUGUACUGGUGGAAGGAUAAUUUUGUCACGAGUCACCCUUGAAUCCUGCACUGAAGUUUUCUUUCCAGGCUCAAUAUUUUUUUUAAGGGACAAGUUCUGGUCACCCAAUGCUCUUGUCUAGCUCUACUAUCCCAAAGACGCUCAUUUUUAUCAACAAGUUUUUGAUAUCAUAGAGUUUUCUUCGGAAAAUUAAUACGUAAUUCUUCAAUCUCCCAUAUUAAAAAUUUAUUUGAAUGUCUUUCAGUCGUGAUGCUAAUAAUUCUAAACCUCGUUCAUAAUCUAUUACAAGACUAUCUAAUUUAUUUUGGGUGGAUCAUUUUGGUCCAUUCAGAUACCUCCAAAAUCAGCAUCAUUUUUUGAUGAGCUUUGUCCUUCAAUAUCUUGUUCUAAGGGUUCGGAUAUAUUUUUAGGCUCUAAAGAAUCAGGUGAGCGCUGCAGUAGCCAUUUGACACAACUAGUACUGGGAUACUUUCAUUUGGCUAGAUUUUUAUUGUUCAAACCGAGACCAUUUCGUGGUUCUCGCCAAAUUGGAAUUCACUUUAACCACUUUUCCAUAAUCUUAAAUAUUCCAUAUACGACUUAGAAACACAAUUGGAAGUCCAAGACUCAUCAUUUUUAUACAAGAGCUUCCCAAAAUACUCAAAAUAGGUAUUUUCCACAAACAGAAAAAUAAUGAAAUCAAAAACAGAAUAACUGGAGCUGUUUUUAAAAUAGUUGAAGGUCGAUUUCAACAACAAUAUUCGCGGCAACAGAUUAAAAAGUAAAUUUUGUAAACUAGUAUUAACUAUAUUUUGGUAAAGUUCUUUAAUGACAGCUGCAAAUUUGUACAAUUUUCAAGUUCAUUUGAUUAAAAAAUUCCCAACAAAUAUUUUUACUCUUUGACAUAAAAACCCAGUAAAAAUUAUGUCUUUGAUACUUUCUACUACUGAUAUUCACACGUUUCCUCAUGUGUCUAGAGAUACCCUAAAUAAGGUGAUCGGUAUAUACUGGAUUUAUUAUAUUUCAUCCCCUCUAUCUCAUGUAGGAGAGUCAUCGAAGUUUUCAGAGGGCGCUGUGAAUUUUUUUUCUACGACAGAUUUUGCUAUUACAUAAAUUUCUCAAUCUUGGUGGCAAAUUGGCACCAUUGGAGGGAGCGACAGCAAUGUUUAUGUGACAGAUCUCAACGGGAAAUGACCUCUUGGAAUCGCCAGUGACAACGCGGUUCAUUAGGGAAGAUGCGCCGUCUCCUACUACGCACAACAAUCUCCUGCUGUAUUCCUGGCUAUCAUACAGUGCAAUCGUUGUGAAAAAACAACCCUCGUAUGUUUAUAUAUAUAUAUAUAUAUAUAUAUAUAUAUAUAUAUAUAUAUUGAAAUGAAAGAAGCAUUUGACAUUUACAAAGAAAUAAACACUUUAUAGUCUUUAAUUGUCUUUCCCCUAUUAUUGUUUUGAUAAAAUUUUGACUGAUAAGAAUUAUACAAAUUUGCGGCUUAUUACUUUGAAUCUCUUAUUGUCUCCAAUAUUUAAAUUUAAAUUGUUUUUUGGCGUUUUUCGAUAUACAAUUGAUUUCGAAACAAAGGAAAUCCAGAUCUGACAGAUAAGAAGCACAAUUUUUUCAAAAUAUAGUUAUAGUUACAUUGAUUAGAAACAAUUUUUUGUUUUUAUCAUGUGAUAACUAUAUCAGUUCCAGCAUAUAUGGUAGCUAUUGAAUUUGAUAGUACGUCCAUUAAUAAAAG